AUGACCAACCCUCCUCCUGACAAAGGAAGGGAAGAGUCUGGCGACGAUCCAGGACAACCUGCGCUCCCACUAGCGUCACUGACAACUCAAGUACCUCCUGGGUCUCCGCAGCCGGACAGGGAGCGUAAGGUGGCUGCGCCGGACACGCACCACGAUGAUGCGACAUUGGACAUGGACGGGGAUCGGACUCUUCCCAGCCACCCGUCUGAUGUUUUGUCGGCCGGACCUGGCUUGACGCCCUGCGCAUCCCGGAAGGGUGCCACCGCAGUUACCCCAUCGGGCGCGGAAGGUGCCUCACGAGCUGAUCGAUUGGAUCCGGGGGAGCACUCUUCCUCGGAGAACGUAGGGGUCACUUCGGACCGGUCCGGGGCCCCUCUUGUGGAUGAUGAAAGCGAUCUUCAUGCCGCCUUAGUGGAUGAGAUGAAGGCCCACCCCGGCGAGGGUACGCUCGAUUCAUGGCUUCACUCUAUUUAA